AUGUGCAGACAUUGUGUCACAUUCUUGGAUCGGCUCCGCCGUAGCACGAUAUUGUCCGCUUUGGGCCCCCAUCUCUGCCCUCACGGUUUUGUUUCUGGGAGCUCACGAACAAUUUUCCAGUGGGUCACCCAUCCUGGGAUUGCUCUAGCCUCCAACUCGCUUAACUUCGGAGUUCCUUCCGAAGCCAGUGAGCUCCCAAAAGGCCUCGUGCAAGAUGGAGGCGGGCAUGUACAUAUAAGGCACAUCACCUCAUCUCCGUUGGUCGAUUUGGGAUAUUACAAUCCACCCCCCUUAGGAGCCUAA